AUGAAUUCCCAGAAAUCUCUAACUUCCAUAAAAAACAAGCUAACCAAUCCACAGUUAACUAAAGAAUUAACCGAAUACAUUCUAAGAGGAAAUAAAUAUUUAGAAGAUAUUAAUUUUAAGCAAAAUAUUAUUGAUAAAAAUCACAAAGAUUUUAAGUUACUAAUAUUGCAGUUAUCUACAGCGUCUGAUAAAGUAAAUGAGUUAAGACAAUCUUUAGUAGACAGAAUGGUUGAAAUUAGUGAAUAUGCUAGGCUGAAUCACGUAGUGGGACAAAGUCUAUUCAAAAAAUUCCGUAAUGUUCGAAAGGAAACAAUUAUUAUGUAUACUAAUAUAGUAUUUAAGAUUCUUUAUACUAUGAUCAAAUAGAAAGACCUCGGUUAUUUGAGACUGAUCGAUAUUAAUGAUAAGAUUAAUGAUAUUGAUAACUUUGAGAUUAUCACAAAUUAUUUUGAUAGUAAGUUGAUGUUAUACAAAAUAAAUCCAGUUGGAUACGAAUUUCAGACAUCAUCAUUCAUAGUAGCCCUAUGGUUAAAUCACCUAGAUCCAGUGGAUAACUGCCUAAGAGACGAAAGUGGAAUUAAACAUUUAUUUGAUGCUACUCAACGUUUUAUAAAAUUGGAAUUAAUUAAUUAUUGUCGAACAAACCAUAAAAAUAUGGAACUAGAAUACAAAAAAUAUUUCAAGGCGGCAGAAGAUUACACAAAUAUCUAUAAGAUUUUAAGAAUUAUAAAAGGUAGACUUUUUGACUUUAGGACUAUUGUUUCUAAUUAUUAUGAUGUUUAUUUCACUAAAAAGUAUACCACGAUGCUUUACAAAGAAAAAGAAAUACAUCUAUCUGACGUACCCGAAUAUAUUGUCUUAUUGAAAUGUUCUGCGAUACGAUUUUACCAAUAUUACCGGAUCACUUUAAAAUUAAAGAAUUCAUUGAGCGAGUAUAUGACCCAAACUUCUAUUCAUCUUUAUCCUGUUUUGCACCACUUCAUUCCUUCAGAGAACGUGUUCUAUUUGUGUUGCUAG